UCGGAGGACGCGUCCCCGACGCCCACCAGCGUCAAUUACCACUUCACCCGGCAGUGCAACUACAAGUGCGGCUUCUGCUUCCACACGGCCAAGACCUCCUUCGUGCUGCCCCUGGAGGAGGCUAAGCGGGGGCUGGAAAUGCUCAAGGAGGCGGGAAUGGAGAAAAUAAACUUCUCGGGAGGAGAACCGUUUCUUCAGGACAGAGGCGAAUUUGUGGGCAAACUGGUGCAGUUUUGCAAGCAGGAGUUGAAGCUACCAAGCGUCAGCAUUGUUAGCAACGGCAGCCUGAUUAGAGAACGGUGGUUCAAGAAGUACGGUGAAUAUUUAGACAUUCUGGCAAUUUCAUGUGAUAGCUUUGAUGAGGAUGUCAACAUUUUAAUUGGUCGUGGUCAAGGAAAGAAAAACCAUGUGGAAAAUCUCCAUAAACUGAGACAGUGGUGCAGAGAGUAUGCUGUUGCAUUCAAAAUAAAUUCAGUGAUCAACAGAUUUAAUGUUGAGGAAGAUAUGAAUGAGCAGAUCAAGGCACUCAACCCUGUGCGCUGGAAGGUAUUCCAGUGCCUGCUCAUUGAAGGAGAGAACUGUGGUGAGGAUGCCCUGAGAGAAGCAGAGAAAUUUGUUAUCAGUGAUGAAGAUUUUGAACAAUUCCUGGAUCGCCACAAAGAUGUCUCCUGUUUGGUACCUGAAUCUAAUCAGAAGAUGAGGGAUUCAUACCUCAUUCUGGAUGAAUAUAUGCGUUUUCUGAACUGUAGGAAUGGACGGAAAGAGCCUUCCAAGUCUAUCCUAGAUGUUGGUGUAGAAGCAGCUAUAAAAUUCAGUGGAUUUGAUGAGAAGAUGUUCCUAAAAAGAGGAGGAAAGUAUGUGUGGAGUAAAGCAGACAUGAAACUGGACUGGUAA